GGGCGACGCGUCGAGCGGCGAGCACACGGACCGGCAGCGAGGCUAGGGCGCAAGCUCCACACGAGCGGCGCGUGGGACUCGCGCGCGCGGCGACCUGAAGCACGCGGAGCGCAGCAGCAGCAGCACGACCAGCGCCGGCGCGCGCACCUGUGACAUGACCUGCCAGCGCGCCUGCAGCUUCCUGCCAGAAGCAGCUGCUGCUGUUGGCCAGUGACACCUGCGGCUCGCGACCAGCUGACCAGAGGCUAGCCUGCGACACACAAGGGCCCGCGGAGAGCGCGCGGGGCGGGGGCGGCAGCGCGCAGGGCGCCCGCGGCUCCAACAUGGAGGUGGUCGAGCACAAGCACGGCGUCCUCGGCGCCUUCCUCAACUCGCUGUCCCCGGCCAACCUGCUGCGGGGAUGGAAGUCGCGCUCCAAGCACCACCACGACAGCUCCAUGCCCAAGGUGGAACGCACCAUGAAGGCUGCCAUCCUGAUCCAGCAGUGGUACCGCCGUUACCUGGCGCGCAUGGAGGUUCGCCGCCGAUACACCUGGACCAUCUUCCAGAGCAUAGAGUACCAGGGCGAGCAGGACCAGGUCAAACUGUACAAGUUCUUCAACGCCCUGCUGACCCACAUCCCGGAUCCCACGAGGCAGCCCGUGCCCGCCGAGAGCAUCCGGACGGCGG